UACAGUUAAUUUUUAAAUCGAGGAUGAUGUACAUGAAUACGUUUAAGUUGCACUGUACAUGCUUUUCGUAGUACCACCUUCGUAGCGUGACUGCCGAUCGAUCGCACUACCGCAUGCGCCAUGUGGUGUACGAUCUCCGUCUGAAGGAUCUGUACAUGUAAAACCAGCUUGCGGUCUCGGCACCAUAAUAAUAAUUAAUUUAUGGUCAUUCAGUAUCGCAAAAAAAGAACUUCUCGUAUCAUUUCUGAAAGCAAACAUUAUAAACGGCAUUUGGUUGGCUUACGCCAGCGUUUCUGACUGUUAAUCCGAUUGCAUGAUGGACAAACUAGCGAAUAUUCCAAGGGCUACUGGCGGUGUUUUGGCACUUAGCACUGCGGAAGUCCUCUUGGCAAUUGUGGGAUUCGCAGCACAUUUCUACAACCUGUUUUACGGGAUACUGGCUGAUACCGACGACAGUGUUCCAAUGGUGCAAACGCUGGUCUUUGUCGUUUCCCUCCCGUUGUACGGAACGCAGGUGGUAUGCGGUGCCCGUUUCAUGCUGGCCGGUGUGCGACUACUCCGUGGCCAGAGAAAUUCCGCCUUCUUCGAUGACGGUGGCACUAAUAUUUCGGUGUGUGAUUUGGGAAUCUGCCAGAUUUGGGCUUUAAUGUGCUGCAUCAUAUGCCUGCUGGCCAUGGUUCUCGCCUGGUUCUGCGAGGUCAGCUUCGCCGCUAACCGCCUCAUCUCGUCCGCCAAACUGGACGUCCUGUAUUCCAAACCUGGCACUGUGGCCAGACCCAUACCCGACGCGUGGAGUGCCGUCAAGCGAGCUUUCCAGGCGAACGUCACCGGACAGUUGGUGAUGCUGGCAGCGGUUCUGCUGCUGAUCGCCAGUGUCAUCGUGGUGGUCGUCAUCAUGCGGCAAAGUAAAGCCGUCCGCAAAGAGCUGAAGUCGGCUGAUCGGAACGCGGAUGAUCACAAGUCUUCCAAGGAAGAGCACAAGCUUCUCGCCCGUGCGAAGGAGCACAACGGAACACCACCGCCAUCGUAUACUGCAUAGUGACGGGAAAGUGGCGACGGCGGUGAAGGACAAGCUGCCAAAUGUGACCGUUUCCUGGCGGCGGGUCGUUGUAUUCGUAGUGAAUGACCUUUUAACAAAAACAUCCUUGAACAACUGCACGUUUUACGCGCGCAGAGAGAAUCAUACACUAAAAUGCGAGUUCGUAGUACACUUUACUUAACUAUCUGUCUCGAUAUCUGUGUUACAGCUUUUAUGCGAAAAUUUUCAUGUCUUCUGCCCCAGGUUUUAGUCAUGACAAUGUGAUGCUGUAUGGCUGCGUCAGUUGCUUCGAUUCCCCAAAGCAUGACCCCCCCCAUGACUGUCAUAAUAAUUGCCAUUACCGAUUCUGGAGAACCUUCUUAUUAGCCACCGUAUUUCCCGCUUCACGCUGCCAUUACGGAUUACCCAAGAUAGUGAACUCCGGUCACUGCAAACCCACCGUUAGCUGCUUAUCCCCAGCCGACGUGCUUUCUCAUCCUUGCUUUCCCCGUGUGGCGUUCCUUUCGCCAUUUUAGGAAGGAAUGCUGCCAAAAAACCAUAGCUGCUGUCAUGUUUCCGAUGACUUAAUUCCGGCUGAAUCCACGAUGUCAUACAGCUUCACAGUUACUAACGUUUAUUCUGUUAUUCGAUAAUGCUAAACGGUUUGUAAUGCGCACUGUCAAAUUAUAGGAACUUAUCGAAAAGUAAAAUAAAAAGGUUUUAAUGAGACCGUUUUCUUGAAAUCGUUCGAGGGGCUAAUACUGUAAUUUAAAUUUGUCGUCCAAUGUAAUAUUUAUAGACCCAUCCAGAGGUGAUCCCCCCAAGAUGAGACAGUGUUGGCAAUACUGCCAAAUAAAUUUCCAUGAUGAUUGUUGUUUAUUUAACGCUUGCCCUACCUGUCUACUGGAUUGUUAAUUUUUAUAUCGCUUAGAAAGUUUGAGCGAAAUACAUUUGCUGAAAAAACAGAAACUUAAGCGAAGCAACGUGGUUUUUUAUUU